GCCGGAAGCGGAAGUGGAGUCUCCGCCCCCGCGCCCGCCCCCGGAGCGCUCGGCCAAGAUGGCGUCGGAGCUGGAGUACGAGUCGGUGCUGUGCGUGAAGCCCGACGUGAGCGUCUACCGGAUCCCCCCGCGGGCCUCGAACCGCGGCUACAGGGCGUCUGACUGGAAGCUAGACCAGCCUGAUUGGACCGGCCGCCUCCGCAUCACUUCGAAAGGGAAGAUCGCUUACAUCAAACUGGAGGAUAAAGUUUCAGGGGAGCUCUUUGCUCAGGCACCUGUGGAACAGUACCCAGGGAUUGCUGUGGAGACAGUGACGGACUCCAGCCGCUACUUUGUGAUCCGGAUCCAGGAUGGCACUGGGCGCAGUGCCUUCAUCGGCAUUGGCUUCACAGACCGCGGUGACGCCUUCGACUUCAAUGUCUCCUUGCAAGAUCAUUUCAAGUGGGUAAAGCAGGAAUCCGAGAUUUCCAAAGAGUCCCAGGACAUGGACAGCCGUCCCAAGCUGGACCUGGGCUUCAAGGAAGGGCAGACCAUCAAGCUGAGCAUUGGGAACAUUACAACCAAGAAAGGAGGUGCUUCGAAGCCCAAGACCACAGGCACUGGGGGCCUGAGCUUGCUGCCACCCCCACCUGGAGGCAAAGUCACUAUCCCCCCGCCGACCACGUCCGUCCCCAUCAGCAACCACGUGACUCCACCGCCCAUUCCGAAAUCCAACCACGGAGGGAACGAUGCGGACAUCCUGUUAGAUUUGGAUUCCCCGGCUCCUGUCACCACGCCAGCGCCAGCCCCAGCCCCGGUCUCUGCAAGCAACGACUUGUGGGGGGACUUCAGCACUGCAUCCAGCUCGGUUCCGAACCAGGCCCCUCAGCCGUCCAACUGGGUCCAGUUCUGAUCAGCGUUGCGAGACAUCGUUGCGGAUGGACUGGGAGAACCCAACAAGAAGACCUUGAGGGCACCGAUCCGUGAGGGAAGCCGGGCCCCCCUCCCCCCGAACCCCGCUCUCCGGACAAUCGCACACAGCUUCUCCAUCGCAGCCCCGCGCCUUGGCGUCCUUUGUCCUUCCCUUGCCGUGCAGCCAAGAAAACACUAAACAAUCGCGUGUCCUGUUCCUGACCGAGGCAGGGAAGAGCGGGGCUUCUGCUGUGAGUGUCGGGCGACUGCAGGACUCCAGGGCCCCCUGGCACUUCCGGGGGGGACAUCUCCCCCCCUUAUUCAGACCCCCUGACUCAUUUUCAGAAUCCUCCCCCCACCUGUGUGAGCCCCCCAGGGACGCGACCCUCAGCAGUUUCCGGGGGCAGACGGACCCCUCGAGUCUUCGUUUCCCCCUGACCGUUAGGGACAUUUAAGAGUGGCCCCGGGGGGUACCGGGUGUGAAGCAGGGUGAAGCAGGGUGCCUUCCCCGGCGCGGCUGGCACCCCUCCCGCAGGCUGCACCCCUGUUCCACUGCUGUCUCUUCCUUUGCCCCCUGUGCUGCGGGCGUUUCUGAGGCGUUGAGGAGUGGCUGAGGGGGGCUUCCGAGCCUCGCCCUAGAGAGAUGUUUACUUUCCUCGCCCCUCCACGUGGGCGAGGCCUAGCGGGGCGCUGCUUGCCCCGUUUUUUGCCGCCCCCGCUCCCCCCCCCCCCCAAUUGCGGGGUUUUGAGGCUUCGACCUUCGCCGCAGGCCCGAGAGGUUGAAGGGACUGAGAGGCUGGUCCGUGCAGUUGGAGUCGUGUGCCCUCCACCCCCGGGGGGGCUCUUUCACCUUUCACCUGACCAGCCCCCCCCCCCAGGCGUUUCUAACGCCAGUGGGGAGAAGCCCAGCCUCCUGUACCCCACGCCAGCGUGAGUCGCCCUCCCCUGCCCGCCCCCUCACGCUCCAAUUCCUGUCAGAUGCUGUGAAGCCUGUGAAGCAGUUAACUCCCCCAGCUGAGUGCUCCCUCCCUCAGGAGAGUGCUCCCUCCCUCAGCUGAGCGUUUUCCUCAGGUGAGUGCUCCCUCCCCCAGUUGAGCAUUCCCUCCCUCAGGCGAGUGCUCCCUCAGGCGAGUGCUCCCUCCCCCAGCUGAGCGUUCCCUCCCUCAGGUGAGUGCUCCUUCAGGCGAGUGCUCCCUCCCUCAGGCGAGUGCUCCCUCAGCUGAGCGUUCCCUCCCUUAGGCGGGCAGGCACCAGUUGUUCUGAGGACCAGACCAAGGGACCCGGUGUGGGUGGGUGCUGACGGAGGCCCGCAUGCGUGGGGAGGCUCGUCAUUUCUGAGUCUAUUCCCUCUCCUGGAAUUCUUUCUCGACUCUUGUGACUUGGGGUCCAUUUAUGUUCACCGCCUCCCCGCUCCCCGGCGGCCCUAGGCGCUCUCCCGGGAGUGCAGGGGCAGGGCUUCUUCUUCGCAGAAUUCCAGUCGCAAACACUAAGAGCCCAGUCCGCAGACUGGCUCGGGACUGACGGACGGACUGACUGACGACGGGGAACCUAUUUUUCUCAAUCUUCCUCCCCUGUUGUGUUCUUUGUAUUCUCGAGAUGAUAAUAUAUUAUGUAUUUGAAUCGCUGAAGAGCUGAAAAUGAAGUUUAAGAUAUAUGUAUAUAAAGAGUAUGCUGUAAUGGUGCAAUAAUGGUAUUAAAAAAUAAGGGAAAAGGUG